AUGACGUUCUUCAUUGAGCACGAGAUGGAAGACGCUGCCAGCGCCAGCUCCAGUGUGACGCCAUUCCCGUAUGGGGCGUUUUGUCCCGGUGGACUCAACACAGACCCUGGUAUAUCCCCGAAUGAUCCAACGAUUGGAUACAAGUUCAACCAUACCAUGAUCAGGGUCAGAGACCCUAAGGAGAGCUUGAAGUUCUAUGUUGACUUGAUGGGGAUGAGGACGGUUUUCACCAUGAACGCGGGCCCCUUCACCAACUACUACCUCGGCUACCCAGAGACGGACGAGCAUCGCGCCAACCCGGCCCAGUUCGGGGCUGACACCUCCAAGGUUUUUCAGUUCACGACUGGUCUCUUGGAACUAUUCCAUGUCCAUGGCUCUGAGAAGCAAGAGCCUGGGUUUUAUCACAAUGGGAACACGCCAGAAAGUUUAGGGUUUGGCCACUUGGGAUUCACGGUCCCUGACGCGCGAGCCGCGGUCGCGAGGCUAAAAGCGCACGGUGUCAGGGUCUUCAAGGACUUCGGCGUGGCUAACAAGGAAACCAUCCCCAUCAGCGACUGGGAGAAUAAGCACGGAGUAGGCAUUGAAGUCAAAGGGACCGAGAGCGAGCUCCAUCCUAUGUUUAAAAAGGCGUAUGAGAAUAUCGCGUUAGUUCAAGAUCCGGCUUCAGAACAAACUGGAGCCCUGACCCAAAAGACCUCGGAACAACAUGGUUUUACACAAGCAGUCAUCCCUUUCGGCAAAAUGUCUGCUGGUAGAAAGGAACCAGAAAGUCCAAUAACUCAGAUUGACAGACUAAGAUUAGAGGUUAAACGAUGUGAAGGAUUAUUACAAGAGGGGGACGCUACAAUCGAAGCACAGCGCUUCCACAUUGGUGCUUUAUAUUGCAACGUUUCUCGCUUGAAGAAUGAAAAGGAAAAAGUCACAGAAACAGUCACCAGCCUGCAAAACCAGUUGAAAGACCUUCAAGAGCAAGACUGGCAGACACAUAGCGGUGUGAGGAAAAAGAGGAAGUUUAGACACUAA